UCGCCGGACGAUAUAGGCUCACUUAGAAGAACGAAAAGCUCCGAGAUGAGCACAUUCGUUCUGGCUAACAACCACGCACAUGCAAUACAUUCCAAAAAAAAAGUGGAUAUGUGGUUCAAGGAACAGUCUAUCAACGUAGGGAAACUUGGGCGAGGACAGCAAGCUAUGUACAAGACGUUACUGAACGUUACUAACGAGAAGCGGCGCCUGAGGAAAAAGAAAUACAUUCAACAACAGGAGUUAGUGAAGCAGCAGCUACGUGAGAAGGCUGCUAAAGAGAGGCACGACACUGCGAUGGAAAUGAGCGGUCUGAAACGAAGGAAGAAAAGAAAAGAUCUGCAAAAUGGACUGCCGGACAUAGGAGAGGACGGAGAAGAAGAGGCGAAUGGGAAACGAUUGGAAGAAUCAACCCGUGAUGAGAAAGACCAGAGCAAACAACACGGUGAUGGGAACCAUACGCAGUCGAAUUAUGUAUCAAACAGAGCGGUAUAUUUGGAAACACCCGUUAAAGCUAGUGGUGAAAAGAAAAACUCUGAAGAAAAAAAUCGACUGUCUGAGAAUACCGAACCUGGUACGAACUCGACUGAGACUGAUGUUAGUUUUUCCACAAAUAGUGCCAAAAAGACGGACAUUACACCCACAGAAAGAAGUGAAUUAGGGGGGCAAUUUGAAGAUAACUUAAUAGACAUAGUUUCAGUGGCGAAUAAAAAAGAAAGAGACUUAAAUGAACAAACAAAAAAGAGAAAAGAGAAAAAGGUAAAGGAACCCGUCGGUUUGUUUCCAAGCAUCUCGUUAACGACGUCCUACCUUACCCAUGGAGCACCCGAGAGAGAUAGCGACAAAAAGCAGACAAAACCCGGCAAGAAAUCGCCAACCAAAGAAGAACACCGAGAAAAAUCACCUUCGCCCGAAGUUAAUGAAACCAAACAAACAGAAAGAAAACAUCGCAUGAUUAAAAAAGAAAAAGAACCAGAACAAUUACCUGGAUAUUUACAGAGGAGCUCCGGAGAAGGGACGGGGAGUACGUCCAGUUCUUCUGUCGGCGAUAGCGUCGAACGAAAGGGUAAACCUGAGCGAAAAGUGAACAUUCGUAACUUCAAACGGUUCACGCGAAGUAUCAGAAUUCCCUCAAAUGUUCACAUCCCACGGGUAUCAAACGUUACGAGGUACCGGAGAAACGAGAACGGCAGCUUGGUACCCAGCGAGAUUAGCGUGAGACCCGCAGACGAGGACUACAAAAUUCCUUCUUUAAGGCAAGCCUAUUUUGUCAAGAAGGCUCUGAAGGAAGAAAAGGACAAGGCGAGGCAGAGCGAGAAAAAACUCCAGGACUUUUAUGGUAAAAUGGAAUCACUCGUCCCGAGUCGCCUGGCACAGUUGGACCACCCCAUCCAAUCCCCGUCCAGAGAACUCUUCACGGACGGUCACGUGGGUCAACCGAAAUUAGGAUUUUCUGCAAGCCUAUUGGCCCAGAUGGGCGGCAACACCGUUGAGGGAGAUGUUCAUGAUUUGAAGAACUGCAAGUAUAUACGGUUUCACGAGAUUGUAACGCCAGAGCAACGGGAACUACUUCGACGCCGACGGCAAUCGAGCUGGGGACAGCAGCCUGAAAGUUUACCGACUGCCGCGCCGACCAGUAUAAAGAAGGUACCACUGCGAUGAACACAUCAAUGUGUUAUAUAUUGAGUAUGUUGGAACAAACAUUACCCCAUCUGAAGGAAAGGAGAUGAGUGUGCCUCCCGUCCAUUUUUAAUAUACCGACUUUGUUGUAUGAACGCUAAAUUUGGGCCAAGCAGACUGGGCUUUUCAAACAGAUGCUUCGGUCCAGAUACAAUUUAGCGAGCUUGGGAUAAUUUUGAUAAAAAAACGACAAUGUACAUGAUAUUUUGUG